AUGGCGCGAGGCGUGGACUGGUGCACGGGAAAGGAAGCUGUGCUGGGAUCUGGACCAAGAGUCAUGCCACUCCAGGCUGGAUUUGAGAAGGAGUUAGAUGCUGAGCUAGAUGCUUAUUUCACUGAGAACCUGGCAGAGCUGAGGGCGGCGGCCGGCAUUACGGCGGUAGAAAUAGAUGGACACAAAUCUUUUGAUCAAGUUCAAGUAAAAAUACAAGCAGCGAUCAUGGCUUCGCCUGCUUUUAAUAUCGAAUGUUGCUCUCAACUACGAAAUGUUCGAGCUGACGAAUUAGCAUUC